CUCCGCGCGCCCGUGCACCACGCCUGGGGCAACCACGAGCUGUACAACUUCCCCCGGGACUACCUGGCGCGCUCGCGGCUCAACAGCCAGGCCCUGGGCGCCGCCGCCACGGGCCAGGGCCCGGAGCAGUACUACGCGUAUCACUUCAGCCCGGCCCCGCAGCUGCGCUUCGUUCUGCUGGAUUCUUACGACUUAAGUACGCUUGGGAGGGACAAGUCCACCCAGAAAUACCAGGAUUCUUUGAAGCUGCUGAAGGAGAAAAACCCCAACGAGAAUCUGAAUAGUCCCAUAGGACUUGCUGAGCCACAGUUUGUAGAGUUCAAUGGAGGAUUUAGCCAAACACAGCUGGAUUGGUUUGAUGAGGUUCUUACAUUCUGUGACACAAAUCAAGAGAAAGUUGUGGUUGUAGGUCAUAUUCCCAUUCAUCCAGGUUCUACAGAGAGUACUUGCCUUGCUUGGAAUUAUAAAGAUGCCCUUUCCAUCAUCCAUUCUCAUAAGUGUGUGGUAUGCUUUCUCGCAGGGCACCUUCAUGAUGGUGGUUAUUAUUUAGAUUCUCAUGGAGUUCAUCAUCUUACUCUGGAAGGGAUUAUUGAAACCCCACCAGCGAGCCAUGCCUUUGGAACAAUAUAUGUCUAUAAUGAUAAACUGGUACUAACGGGAAGAGGUAGAAUUCCAGACAAAAUAAUGUAUUACACAAAACAGUAGGACAGUAGUGAAUAUAAUUGUGUGUGAUACAAACAGUGCUCUAGAAAUUAGCUUCUUUUAUAGAAAGUUUGCACAAUGACACUUACAGGCUGAAGUCUGAUAGAGACUCAACUGCCCACCUUUUCCUUCAGAGCUGGUGUCUUAAAAGCUUCUGCAAGAAGCAAGAAACAAGAUCUAGCUUCCUGCUGUAGGGCAGAGAAGGGAUUGCCAACAAGUCUACCUGAAAUAAAUGCAACUUGAGUUGGACAACUUCUGCUUGAAACAGUUAAGAAUGAACAAUUGGUUAUUUAUUGUGGCUCAAAUGACAUUAAAAGAUAUGUAAUAAUACUAGCAAAACA